GGCAGCCGGGCUGCAGCAUGAGCCCACCCGCUGCAGCAGGCCGUGGGGGUUGUUGAAGAUGUCAGAUAGCCUGGAUACUGAAGAGAAACCUCCAGCUCCUCCGUUGAGAAUGAACAGUAACAACCGCGAUUCUUCGACACUCAACCACGGCUCCAAACCUCUGCCCAUGGCCCCUGAGGAGAAAAACAAGAAGGCCCGGCUGCGCUCCAUCUUUCCCGGAGGAGGGGACAAAACCAAUAAGAAGAAGGAGAAGGAACGCCCUGAAAUCUCUCUUCCUUCAGACUUCGAGCACACGAUCCAUGUGGGAUUUGACGCCGUCACGGGGGAGUUCACGCCAGAUCUCUAUGGCUCACAGAUGUGCACAGGGAAGCUUCCAGAGGGAAUUCCAGAGCAGUGGGCCAGGCUAUUACAGACUUCCAACAUAACAAAACUGGAACAGAAGAAGAACCCACAAGCCGUUUUGGACGUCCUCAAAUUCUACGAUUCCAAAGAGACUGCAAACAACCAGAAAUAUAUGAGCUUUACGUCAGGAGAUAAAAGCGCCCACGGAUACAUAGCAGCCCAUCCUUCGAGCACAAAAACAGCCUCCGAGCCCCCUCUAGCUCCCCCUGUGUCAGAAGAAGAGGACGAGGAAGAUGAAGAGGAGGAGGAUGAUAACGAACCGCCGCCUGUAAUCGCCCCACGGCCGGAACAUACGAAAUCAAUUUAUACUCGCUCUGUAAUUGAACCUGUCGCGGCUCCAGCACCAGCGAAAGAACCCGCUACUCCCCAACCAGAAAACUCCAACACAAACACUUUGUACAGAAACACAGACCGGCAACGGAAGAAAUCCAAGAUGACGGAUGAGGAAAUCCUAGAGAAAUUGCGAAGCAUCGUGAGCGUGGGAGACCCCAAGAAGAAAUACACACGGUUUGAGAAAAUCGGCCAGGGGGCUUCGGGUACAGUUUAUACAGCGAUCGACAUCGCCACAGGCCAAGAGGUGGCCAUAAAACAAAUGAAUCUCCAGCAGCAGCCCAAAAAGGAAUUAAUAAUUAAUGAAAUCCUGGUCAUGAGGGAAAAUAAGAAUCCCAACAUCGUCAACUAUUUAGACAGUUAUCUUGUAGGUGAUGAACUUUGGGUAGUAAUGGAGUAUUUGGCCGGGGGAUCUUUGACGGAUGUCGUUACAGAAACCUGUAUGGACGAGGGGCAGAUAGCUGCCGUCUGUCGGGAGUGCCUGCAAGCCCUGGAUUUCUUGCAUUCAAACCAAGUGAUCCAUAGAGACAUCAAGAGCGACAACAUUCUUCUCGGGAUGGACGGAUCUGUCAAACUCACUGACUUUGGCUUCUGUGCUCAGAUCACCCCUGAGCAGAGUAAACGGAGCACAAUGGUGGGAACGCCUUACUGGAUGGCACCUGAGGUGGUAACGAGGAAAGCCUAUGGCCCCAAAGUGGACAUCUGGUCUUUAGGGAUCAUGGCGAUAGAAAUGGUGGAAGGAGAGCCUCCAUAUCUGAAUGAAAAUCCUCUCAGGGCCUUGUAUUUGAUAGCUACGAAUGGGACGCCGGAGCUCCAGAAUCCCGAGAGACUCUCGGCCGUUUUCCGAGACUUCCUGAACCGCUGUCUCGAGAUGGAUGUCGACAGACGAGGCUCUGCCAAGGAGCUAUUGCAGCACCCAUUUUUAAAACUGGCGAAGCCGCUCUCCAGCCUGACUCCGUUGAUCAUCGCUGCAAAGGAGGCUAUAAAGAACAGCAGUCGCUAGCCCCCUGAGUAGCACAAGCCGGCUCCUUCGCGGCAGGACUGGACAGAGACUCUGCCGAAGCUCCGGCUUCUCUGCUGCAGGACGGGCAGGCGAGCAAGCGGCGUGCCCCAGUCGAGGGGGAGGAAGGCCUCUCCCGGAAAACAGAAACCUUAUCACAUGUCUUCUUCCCACUUUCAGAUUCCUUAAUUUAUUUCUAAGGCAAGCAGGAGCCAGAGAGAGGCAGGACCACGAGCCUCUGGGCUCUUUCGGCCAUUUCCAGGGGAGCUGAUGGCGCCGCAUGAAUGCUCUGCGCGCUCACCGGGACAGGAGUGGGAACCGAACCAGCUCUUUCCCCACCCCCCCAUGUCUUUUCUGUUCGGCUGUGGAAUGGAAGCAAGGAAGUCCUUUUGCACUCAGCCUAUCCGGAAGGAUCAAAACUAUUCGCUAACUACCAUUCACUUGGUCAUUAGAGGCAGAGGAACAUGGGGAAACGUGUUUUGUUUAACCAAAAAAAAAAAAAAGACACCCCCCCCCCCCAAGAAGUGGAUCAGUCACAGCAUCUCCUUUGAGGUUUGUGCAUCGAAAUGCAGAAUUCCAGGUACCCUUGCGUUCCUGGGCAGGCUGGCAAGGAUGUUAUGAAUAUUGGUGCUUUUGUGUUGGUGAGGUUUUUUUGCUCCCGAAAAUGAAACGGACAUUGGUGGCGUGCAGACUGCUUGGGUCCAGCUGGGUUUACAGAAGCGCCCGGUGCCGGGGCCAGUCCUUCCCCACGCCCAUGCCUUUCCCCACAGUCCCACGCCCAUGCCAUUGGGGUCGUGCGCUUCGCCAGAAUUGUUCCAUAGAUGGGAUGGAAGGGGGAUUCGUUGCUCCCAGCUGGGGUCGAGUCGUUCCCCGGCCCGAAACCACCUCCCCUUUGAUUUCAGGAUAGCAAACCAAGGCAGCGAGCCAUAAUCAGCUGCCGGGGGCAUCUCGAAGCACAUCUCUGUGGACAGAAUGACCCUUGUCGGGCUCAGGUGGGUGCUUUCCAAGGUCAGAGCAGUGGUGUCCAUCCAAAGCAAUCCUUCUAUACACCGAGCUGGGAAUUCCAGCUUGGUUUUUGAGCAAUCCCAGUCAACGGGGUUGGGGGUGGGGUGGGGACAGCAGGAAGAAGACUGAGGAGUCUGAUCCAUUGGGGUGAAAUCAAACUAAGGAGGGUCUACAGAAUUUGGCCCGCCGACUGUGCAGGAAGAACUUGUGAAGGAAAUGAAGGGCUUGAUCGGGGGAAGCGGACAAGAAAGGCGAUUCUGCAACAGAUUAUAGCUUGGGGUGGGGCAACCCCCUUCCCCAGCGCUGCAACUAGAAUGCAAAAACUGACCUCCACCCCCUCCCCCCGGUAUUGCUAAGGCCUAGAAAUGACCGUGACUGUCUGUAAAGGAGCAACGUAGCUUCGAUUAAAUGAUUUGUGUUGACAUUUCUUUCA